CGCAGCAGGUUUAUGAUAGACUCGACUGCGGUUGAGCUGGGGUUCACUGUGUGCGGGUGGGAGACCCGUGGGGGGCAGCAUUUAUCCGGUAGGGGCGAGGACGGUCAUACAAGGAAACAUCAGACAAGAUGUCUUCGGAACCUUUUCAUUUGGUUGCCCAGUCAAGGUUUGAUUCCAAAUGGCUGAAAACAGACCUACAGCUUGCAUUUACAAGAGAUGGAUUUUGCAGUCUUUGGAAUGAAAUGGUGAAGGAUGGUGAGAUUGUUUACACUGGAGCCGAAUCAUCACAGAGUGCAGAACCUUCAAGAAAAGAUGAAGUUAAUGAUUCACAGAGCAGUUCAAAAAAGGAUGAUCAAAAUGACAAAGAAAAGAAAGAGGAAGAUGAGCUACCAACACCAAACUACAAAGCCAAAACUAUUAUGGAAAGCUGGGUUUGGGGCAGACAGCCAGAUGUGAAUGAGCUGAAGGAGUGCCUCUAUGUACUUGUAAAGGAACAACAAUCCCUAGCAGCACAGACUGCCACAACCACACUUUCUGCUGUAAGACUAAAGCAAAGACUGGUCAUUUUGGAAAGAUAUUUUAUUGCACUGAACAGGAAUGUUUUUCAAGAAUGCGCCAAAGUGAAAUGGAAAAGUUGCAAUUCUCUUCCACCUGCCACUGAAAAGAAAUGUGAGCACGUUCUUGAUCAAACAUUUCAUGUACACAGCUCCCGUCCUAUUGGCCAGGGAGUGGAAGGACUUGCCAGGGUUGGCUCCAGAGCAGCGCUUUCCUUUGCAUUUGCAUUCCUGCGUAGAGCGUGGAGAUCAGGUGAAGAUGCAGACCUUUGUAGUGAAUUGCUACAGGAAUCCCUUGAUGCACUACGAGCACUUCCGGAGGCCACCCUCUUCGAUGAGGCUACAGUAUCUUCUGUCUGGCUAGAGGUCGUAGAGAGGGCUACUAAAUUUUUAAGGUCUGUUACAGGCGAUGUCCAUGGUGUUCAGAGUCCCAGAAGUCCAGGAAACAUUCCCCUGCAGGAUCAACAUUUAGCACUUGCAAUUUUACUGGAGCUUGCUGUGCAGAGAGGUACCCUAAGCCAAAUGUUAUCUGCUGUCAUGCUGCUGCUUCAGCUCUGGGACAAUGGAACAAAGGAAACUGACAAUGAGCGAUCAGCUCAAGGAACCAGUGCACCUCUUUUACCUUUGCUACAAAGGUUUCAAAGCAUUGUGUGCAAUAAAGACAUUCAUAAUAUGGAGAAAGAAAUGCAGAUACUUUCUUAUCCACUAAGUCCAAAUGAGAACUUUCUGAGGUAUCUGAUCUUGCCUCAGGACAAUGAGCUGGCUAUUGAUCUGAGGCAAACAGCUGUUGUUAUCAUGGCACAUCUUGACCGUCUGGCUGCUCCGUUAAUGCCUCCGCAAUGCAGCUCCCCAACGUCGCACAAGGGGUGUCUGCAGGAGGUGAUCAGCUGGGGUUUGUUAGGAUGGAAAAUAUACGCAAAUGUGAAUGGCCCUAUUCCAUGUGAAGCGCUUGCUAGUCUGGGAGUUGCACAAAUUGCCUGUGCAGAGAAGUGUUUCCUUAUAUUAUCUAGAAAUGGCAAAGUUUAUGCUCAGGCUUACAACACGAAUACACUGGCACCACAGCUGGUGCAGGGUCUUGCAUCACGAAAUAUUGUGAAAAUUGCUGCCCAUUCUGAUGGACAGCAUUAUCUGGCUUUAACAGCAGCUGGGGAAGUCUUCUCAUGGGGAUGUGGUGAUGGAGGAAGAUUAGGCCACGGUGACACUGUGUCACUAGAAGAGCCUAAGCUUGUGUCUGCUUUGUGUGGAAAGGAAGCUGGGAAACAGGUUGUUCACAUUGCCUGUGGCAGCACUUACAGUGCAGCAAUCACUGUUGAAGGAGAGCUGUACACAUGGGGACGUGGUAAUUAUGGAAGACUAGGACAUGGCUCCAGUGAAGAUCAGACUGUCCCCAUGUUAGUAACUGGACUGAAAGGUCUAAAGGUUGUUGAUGUUUCUUGUGGGAGCGGUGAUGCUCAGACCCUUGCAGUAACUGAGAAUGGUCAGGUAUGGUCGUGGGGAGAUGGAGACUAUGGAAAAUUGGGCAGAGGAGGAAGUGAUGGCUGCAAAACUCCCAAACUAAUAGAAAAGCUUCAAGACCUGGAUAUUGUGAAAGUGCGCUGUGGCAGCCAGUUUUCAGUUGCUAUUACCAAGGAUGGUCAGGUGUACACCUGGGGAAAAGGGGACAACCAAAGACUUGGCCAUGGGACAGAAGAACAUAUUAGAUAUCCCAGGAUAUUGUAUGGUUUGCUGGGUAUGAAAGUUGUGGAUGUAGCAGUGGGCUCCACACACUGCUUGGCUUUGACUGAAUCGGGAGAAGUACAUAGCUGGGGAAGUAAUGACCAGUGCCAACAUUUUGACACAUUGCGUAUUGCUAAGCCGAAGCCAUCAGCCCUUCCUGGUUUGGACUCCAAACAUAUUGUUGGAAUUGCAUGUGGCCCUGCUCAGAGUUUUGCUUGGUCAUCUUGCUCUGAAUGGUCUAUCGGUCUUCGGGUGCCCUUUGUGGUGGAUGUCUGUUCUAUGACCUUUGAGCAGCUUGAUCUUUUAUUGCGCCAAGUCAGUGAGGGUAUGGAUGGGAGCUCUGACUGGCCUCCACCUCAAGAGAAGGAAUGCAUGGCUGUGGCAACACUCAACCUACUGCGAUUGCAGUUGCAUGCUGCCAUUAGUCAUCAAGUUGAUCCAGAAUGCCUGGGCUUGGGUUUAGGCAGUGUCUUGUUGAACAGUUUAAAGCAAACAGUGGUCACAUUGGCUAGUAAUGCUGGAGUUCUGAACACAGUGCAGUCAGCUGCCCAAGCAGUAUUACAAAGUGGAUGGUCUGUUCUCUUGCCAACAGCGGAGGAGAGAGCCAGAGCCUUAUCCGCUCUUCUACCAAAUGCCGCCUCUGGAAAUGACAUGUCCAUAAGUCCUGGGCGUCGCUUUAUGAUUGACCUUCUGGUGAGCAGUUUAAUGGCUGAUGGAGGCUUGGAGUGUGCACUGAAUACAGCUAUUACUGCAGAAAUUCAGGAUAUUGAAGCAAAAAAAGAAGCUCAGAAGGAGAAGGAAAUUGAUGAGCAAGAAGCAAAUGCAUCAUCCCUACAUAGAAGCAGCACUCCUUUGGAUAAAGAUCUAAUUAACACAGGAAUUUAUGUCUCCUCUGGAAAGCAAACUCUGCCUCUUGUCCAGCUCAUACAGCAGUUACUCAGGAAUAUAGCAUCACAAACCAUAGCAAAGCUGAAAGAUACUGCACGCCGCAUUUCUUCCUGUCUAGACCAUGAACAUUACAAUAAAGAGCGAUCAGCAUCCAUGGAUCUUCUUUUGCGCUUUCAGCGAUUGCUAGUCAGCAAGUUGUAUCCUGGUGGUGGAGUGGAACAAACUGCAAUCAAUCAUGUUCCUGAGCUUUUGGGUGUUGGUUCUUUGCUUAAGAAAUAUACUGCUCUACUUUGCACACACAUCGGAGACAUUCUUCCUGUUGCCACCAACAUUGCAACUAUGUCUCAUAGACAUUUUGCUGAAGUAUCCCGUAUUGUGGCAGAAGAUUUAACAGGUGUUCUUCUCCCAGAGCUUGUGGUCUCCAUAGUGCUGCUUCUGUGUAAAAAUGACACCCUCAUGCAAGAAGCUGGUGCUAUCCCUCUUCUUGCUAGUCUUCUGGAACCUUUAGAUAGGUUCAACCAUCUAGCACCUGGCAGAGAGAGAGAUGACAAAGAAGACUUAGCCUGGCCAGGCAUUAUGGGCUCAUUUUUUAUUGGCCAAAACUCUAGAAACAAUGAAGAGGUGACAUUGAUACGUAAAGCUGAUUUGGAGAAUCACAAUAAGGAUGGAGGUUUUUGGACUGUUAUAGAUGGCAAAGUAUAUGACAUCAAAGACUUUCAAGCACAGUCACUCCAUGCAAAUACUAUUCUGGCCCAUUUUGCGGGUGAGGACCCUGUAGUUGCACUUGAAGCUGCUUUGCAAUUUGAAGACACCAGAGAGUCCAUGCAUGCUUUCUGCGUUGGCCAUUACAUGGAGCCAGAUCAGGAAGUAAUAACUGCACCUGACCUCAGUAGCUUAUCUUCACCUCUGAUGGACACGGAGAGAAACUUAGGACUACUGCUUGGCUUGCAUGCUUCCAACCUCUCAUUGAGUACACCAUUGUCUCCUGUGGAAUUUGAAUGUGCCAAGUGGCUGAAGUCAUCUAUUUUCUCUGGAGGCUUGCAGACCAGUCAGAUACAGUAUAGUUACAAUGAAGAAAAAGAUGAGGAUCAUUGCAGCUCCCCUGGAAAUCUUACCCCAAACAAAGCAAGACUCUAUGCACAUCGUCUGUCUAUGAGUGAUCAUUCUCAGCCCUUCCUGCAAGCUAUUGCUGAUAACAAUGUGCAGGAACACAAUGUUAAGGAUUUUCUGUGUCAGAUAGAAAGGUAUUGCAAACAGUGCCACCUGACCACACCUAUUACAUUUCCUCCUGAGCAUCCAGUGGAGGAAGUAGGCCGUUUGCUCCUGUGUUGUCUGUUGAAACAUGAAGAUUUAGGCAAUCUAGCUCUUUCUCUUGUUCAUAAUGGUGCCUUAAGUAUUGAACAGAUGAAGCACAAAUCAUUGCCCAAGUCUGUGGUAGAUGUUUGUCGUGUUGUUUACCAGGCCAAAUGUUCACUUAUAAAAACACAUCAAGAACAAGGACGUUCUUACAAAGAGGUUUGUGCUCCUGUCAUUGAGCGAUUAAGGUUUCUUUUUAAUGAGCUUCGCCCUGCUGUCUGCAAUGACUUGUCUAUAGUAUCCAAGCUGAAACUACUGAGCUCUAUCCCUCGCUGGAAGAGAAUUGUGCAGAAAAUAAUUCGCGAAAAAAGGAAAAAGAAAGUAUCAAAAAAAUCUGAAUCUUCUGAUGUGGAAGAAACAAAAAUUGGAAAUGAAGUUGGUCAGCUGGAAGAAACAUGUGUUAUCCCUUCAAGUCCUGUGUCUGUGGAUAAGAGGCCUAUAACUGUGAAAUCCCCAAAGGAUAAGUGGCCGCCCAUUUUGAGCUCAGUAGCAGGUGUUCACAAAUACAAAUGGCUAAAGCAUAAUGUUCAGGGUUGUUACCCUCAGUCUGCACUACUGAAUACUAUUGUUGAAUUUGCACUGAAGGAAGAACCAGUGGAUGUAGAAAAAAUGAGAAAAUGUUUGUUAAAGCAGUUGGAGAGAGCAGAAGUCCGUUUGGAAGGAAUAGACACAAUGUUAAAACUGGCAACAAAAAACUUUUUGCUUCCUUCUGUGCAGUAUGCCAUGUUUUGUGGUUGGCAGAGACUUGUCCCUGAAGGAGCCAAUUUAAGUGAACCCCUUACUGAUUGUUUAAAAGAUGUCGACCUUAUCCCUCCCUUCAACCGAAUGCUGCUAGAGGUGACCUUUGGCAAAUUGUAUGCAUGGGCCAUCCAAAAUAUUAGGAAUAUUUUGUUAGAUGCAAAUUGCAGGUUCAAGGAAAUGGGUGUCCAGCCUGUUCCCCUUCAGAUGAUCACCAAUGAAAACCCUUCUGGACCAAGCCUGGGGACCAUUCCACAAGGCAGAUUUUUGCUAGUUAUGCUGAAUAUGCUGACAUGUCAGCAUGGAGCAAACGGCCUCAAUCUGUUGUUGAACUCUGGCAUGCUGGCACUGACGCAGACCAUGCUCCGGCUGAUUGGCCCUUGCUCUGAUAACACUGAAGAAGACACAAGUACAUGUGUACUGGGAGCCUCUGCUACUGUGUUAGAGGAAUCUAGAAAAGAAACUACUCCAGUGCAGCUGCCUGCAUCAGGGCCAGAACUGGCAGCUAUGAUGAAAAUUGGAACCAGAGUUAUGAGAGGAGUUGACUGGAAAUGGGGAGACCAGGACGGUCCUCCCCCUGGUUUAGGACGUGUUAUUGGAGAACUCGGGGAGGAUGGCUGGAUUCGUGUUCAGUGGGAUACGGGAAGCACAAAUUCUUAUAGAAUGGGAAAAGAGGGGAAGUAUGAUCUCAAGCUGACUGAGCCCCCACCUGCUACUCAACCCAUGGCAGAUGAUUCAGAUACAGAAGAUGAUUCUGAAGGAGAGCAAGUGGACAAAAACCUUCAUCCUACCUCAAUGAUGCUGAUGAGCACAGUGACCCUGCUUCAGAACUUGUGCCUCUCCGCGGGUGUGAAUGCAGAAGUCAUGCAGAAUGAAACUACCAGAACCUUAUGUGGUCUGCUGCGCAUGUUAGUGGAGAGUGGCACUAUGGACAAAACCAUGACUCCAGCUAAUAAGGUGGUAUAUAAGGAGCAGCACAGAAACUGGUGUACUUUGGGAUUUAUACGUAGUGUUGCACUUAUGCCCCAGAUGUGCAGUACCCUUAGUAUGCCACAGUGGAUAUCACUCCUUAUGAAAAUUGUGGAGGGACCAGAAUCUUUUACUGCUGCUUCGUUGCAGAGACAGAUUCUUGCUGUCCGGCUGUUACAAGCCGUUCUUCCAUCAUGGGACAAAAAUGAAAGGUCAAGGGAUAUGAAACUUCUUGUUGAAAAACUUUUUUGCUUCCUGGGCAGCCUUCUGAGCACUUGUUCUUCUGAUAUCCCUCUUCUUCGAGAAUCUACCUUGAGAAGGCGGAAAGCAAGACCUCAAGCAUCUCUCACUGCAACUCACAGCAGCACUUUAGCAGAAGAGAUUGUAGCAUUGCUGCGCACUCUUCAUUCACUCAAUCAGUGGAAUAGUCUCAUAAACAAAUACAUAAACUCCCAGCUAAACUCUGUAACUGGCAUUUUUGAAGGAAAACGUAUUGAUAUGGUGGUUCUAGAAGACUACUUUCCUGAUUCUGAAGGUCCUGAAGUAGGCAGUCUUAUGGCGGUACUUGCUGUUAUUGGGGGCAUAGACAGCCGUUUGCGUCUGGGAGGUCAAGUAGUACACGAUGAGUUUGGAGAGGGCACUGUUACACGAAUCACUCCUAAGGGAAAGAUAAGUGUACAGUUCCAUGAAAUGCGGACUAACAGAGUCUGUGCUUUGAAUCAACUAAACCCAUUACCCGUGGUGCAAUUUAAUGUGAAUAACUUGCCUUUCACGGACACAAUGCUGACUGUCUGGGCACAGCUUGUAAACCUGGCAGGGUGCAAGCUAGAAAAGCACAGGCUAAAGAAGUCUCUCAGUCACGGGAUUGCAGAUCAAGUGGAUCUGGACAGGUUGAGGUGUCAACAAUUAAAACUGUAUAUAUUGAAAGCUGGCCGUGCCCUUCUUUCUCAUCAGGAUAGGUUGAGACAGAUCCUAUCUCAGCCAUCAGUUCAAGAAGCAGGACUAAUCAUAUCUGAUGAAGGUGCAGCGGCUUCUCCAGACAUUGGAGAUAUGUCCCCAGAAGGACCUCAACCUCCCAUGAUACUUUUACAACAGUUACUUACUGCUGCUACUCAGCCAUCUCCAGUGAAAUCUAUUUUUGACAAGCAGGAACUAGAGGCAGCAGCUUUGGCAGUCUGUCAGUAUUUGGCGGUGGAGUCAACACAUCCUUCUACCCCUCUCUUUGAGGAUUUUUGUAGUUCCAGUGAGGUCCAGUCCCCAGUCACCGUGCAACAUAUCAGACUGCCUAAAAUGAAGAAACGCAAACCGUCCCCAAUUCCCCCAGCCCCUAUAGUAGUCCAGCUCAUGGAAAUGGGUUUUCAGAGGAAAAACAUUGAAUUUGCUCUUAAAUCUCUCUCAGGAGCUUCUGGCACUGCAUCGAGUUCCCCAGGAGUGGAGGCAUUGGUUGGAUGGCUUUUGGAUCAUCCUGACAUUCAGAUUACUGAAUUAUCUGAUGCUGAGACUGCUUCUGAGGAGUCUGAAGAAGAAGCAGUAGAAGAGGUGGAAGAACUGGAGGCUGCAUUCCCAGUGUCAAGUGGUGCAGUUAUAACAGAAAGCCAGACCUACAAGAAAAGAGCUGAUUUCUUAAGCAAUGAUGAUUAUGCAGUGUACAUUCGUGAGAACAUUCAGAUUGGCAUGAUGGUGCGUUGCUGCCGGACUUAUGAAGAAGUUUGUGAAGGUGAUGUUGGUAAAGUUAUUAAGCUCGACCGAGAUGGGCUACAUGACCUUAAUGUUCAGUGUGACUGGCAGCAAAAAGGUGGAACAUACUGGGUGCGAUACAUCCACGUUGAAUUAUUAGGUUUUCCACCACAGAGUUCUCCUUCACACAUCAAGAUUGGUGACAAAGUGCGGGUGAAGGCCUCGGUUACCACACCAAAAUAUAAAUGGGGAUCCGUAAAUCAUAGAAGUGUAGGGGUUGUGAAAGCAUUUAGUGCCAAUGGAAAAGAUGUGAUUGUAGAUUUUCCCCAGCAGUCUCAUUGGACAGGACUGUUGUCAGAAAUGGAGCUGGUCCCCAGUAUUCACCAAGGAGUCACGUGUGAUGGAUGUCAAAUGUUUCCAAUUCAUGGAUCACGAUUCAAAUGCCGUAAUUGUGAUGACUUUGAUUUUUGUGAAACUUGUUUCAAAAACAGAAAACAUAACACAAGACACACAUUUGGACGAAUAAAUGAACCAGGCCAAUCGCCAGUGUUCUGUGGGCGCUCUGGUAAACAGCUGAAAAGGCGUCACAGUGGGCAAAGAGGGAUGCUGCUUGAUGAUUGGUCCAGAAUUGUUAAGAAUCUUAAUGUUUCUUCAUCUGUCAAUCAAGCAUCCCGUCUUACAGAUAGCAGUGACCAGUGCUGGCAGUCAUCUGGAUCUCAAGGAAAGCAUUGGAUACGCUUGGAGGUUUUCCCAGAUGUCCUGGUUCACAGACUGAUGAUGAUUGUGGAUCCAGCAGACAGUAGUUACAUGCCUUCCCUAAUAGUUGUGUCAGGUGGCAAUUCCCUAAAUAAUUUGAUAGAACUAAAAACAAUCAACAUUAACCCCACCGAUAUGAGUGUACUACUUCUCAGCGACUGUACUGAGUAUCAUCGGUACAUUGAAAUUGCCAUAAAGCAGUGUCGAAGCUCUGGUAUUGAUUGCAAAAUUCAUGAACUGAGUAUCAUUGGACAAAUUCGAGCUGAAGACGAGGACCUGGCAACGGUUCCUUUCCUAGCUUCAGAUAAUGAAGAGGAGGAUGAUGAUAAAGCAAGCACUGGCAGUUUUGUGAGAAAAAAAGCAGCUGGGUUAGAAUCUGCAGCAACAAUACGCACCAAGGUUUUUGUGUGGGGCUUAAAUGAUAAAGACCAGCUGGGAGGAUUGAAAGGAUCAAAGAUCAAAGUGCCUUCAUUUUCUGACACACUUUCAGCGCUAAAUGUUGUUCAAGUAGCUGGUGGAUCCAAAAGUCUCUUUGCAGUUACUGCAGAGGGUAAAGUGUAUGCAUGCGGUGAAGCCACUAAUGGAAGACUGGGAUUAGGUUUAUCUAGUGGUACAGUGCCCAUCCCUCGUCAGAUUAAUGCCCUGAGCAACUAUGUAGUGAAGAAAGUUGCUGUUCAUUCAGGGGGAAGACAUGCAAUGGCUUUAACUGUAGAUGGCAAAAUUUUCUCCUGGGGGGAAGGAGAUGAUGGCAAGCUUGGUCACUUUAGCAGAAUGAACUGUGAUAAGCCACGGCUAAUAGAAGCACUAAAAACCAAACGCAUCAGAGACAUUGCCUGUGGCAGUUCUCAUAGUGCUGCAAUUACUUCCAGUGGAGAACUGUACUCAUGGGGACUUGGAGAGUAUGGCCGCUUAGGCCAUGGGGACAAUACCACACAGCUGAAACCUAAAAUGGUAAAGGUGCUUCUUGGCCACAGGGUAAUCCAGGUUGCUUGUGGAAGCAGAGAUGCACAAACUCUGGCACUGACUGAUGAAGGCAUGGUCUUUUCCUGGGGUGAUGGCGACUUUGGGAAGCUGGGCCGCGGAGGUAGUGAGGGAUGCAACAUUCCUCAGAACAUUGAGAGACUGAAUGGUCAGGGUGUGUGCCAGAUCGAAUGUGGUGCUCAGUUUUCCCUGGCUCUAACAAAAUCUGGAGUGGUGUGGACAUGGGGUAAAGGAGAUUAUUUCCGUCUGGGCCAUGGUACUGAUGUCCAUGUCAGAAAGCCACAAGUUGUAGAAGGGCUAAGAGGAAAGAAGAUUGUUCAUGUAGCAGUUGGGGCACUUCAUUGCCUUGCUGUAACUGACACAGGGCAGGUUUAUGCCUGGGGCGACAAUGACCAUGGACAACAAGGCAAUGGUACAACUACAGUCAACAGAAAGCCUACCCUUGUGCAUGGGUUGGAAGGUCAGAAAAUCACACGUGUUGCCUGUGGCUCCUCUCACAGUGUGGCCUGGACAACUGUGGAUGUUGCAACACCUUCUGUUCAUGAACCAGUCCUUUUUCAAACAGCCAGAGAUCCUUUGGGAGCAUCAUACCUAGGUGUUCCUUCCGAUUCAGAAUCCUCGUCUUCCAACAACAAAAUAAGUGGUGUGAAUAAUUCUAAACCAAACCGUCCAUCUCUUGCUAAGAUUCUACUGUCAAUUGAUGGGAACCUUGCCAAACAGCAAGCUCUCUCUCACAUACUGACAGCACUACAGAUUAUGUAUGCCAGGGAUGCGGUUGUUGGUGCCUUGAUGCCUUCCAGUAUGAUUGCUCCAAUGGAGUGUCCAUCUAUAUCUACUGCUCCUCCAUCUGACAUGUCUGGAACAUCCAGCCCUAUCAAUGGAGAUGAUAUGGGUCUUGCUAUGGAUCCAGAAGAGAGAUUAAGUCCAAGUCCUUGGCAAGAUAGGCGAGGAGAGGUAACCAGCUCUGAGGAUGCAAUUACACCAUCUGCUGUGACUCCUUCUGCUGCAUCAUCCCGUCCUUUCAUCCCAGUCACAGAUGAUCCAGGAGCUGCAAGUAUUAUUGCAGAGACAAUGACUAAAACUAAAGACGAUGCUGAGAGCCAGAACAAAGUUUCAGGUCCUGAACCACAGUGUCUGGAUGAAUUUACUAGUCUGCUUGUCCCAGAUGACACAAGAGUAAUGGUGGAUCUUCUGAAGCUGGCAGUCUCCAAUAGGGCAGGUGAAAAGGGGAAAGAUGUCCUGUCAGCUGUGCUCUCUGGUAUGGGCACAGCCUAUCCACAGGUUGCAGACAUGCUUUUGGAGCUCUGUGUCACCGAACUAGAGGAUGUGGCCACAGACUCUCAAAGUGGCCGAUUGUCCUCACAACCAAUAGUGGUAGAAAGUAGCCACCCAUAUACAGAUGACACCUCCACAAGUGGUACAAUAAAAAUACCAGGUGCUGAGGGCCUUAGGGUAGAAUUUGACCGCCAGUGUUCUACAGAGCGGCGUCAUGACCCACUCACCAUUAUGGAUGGGGCCAACAGGAUAGUUUCAGUCCGAUCAGGCCGAGAGUGGUCUGACUGGUCAAGCGAGCUGCGGAUUCCAGGUGAUGAAUUAAAGUGGAAGUUUAUUAGUGAUGGAUCAGUCAAUGGUUGGGGCUGGCGGUUCACUGUUUACCCAAUAAUGCCAGCUGCAGGACCUAAAGAUCUUCUGUCAGAUAGAUGCAUAUUGUCAUGCCCAUCUAUGGAUUUGGUCACCUGUCUGCUGGCUUUCAGACUGAACUUCGCUUCCAACAGGAGUAUUGUCCCUCGUUUGGCUGCUUCCCUUGCUGCUUGUGCUCAGCUAAGUGCACUGGCUGCAGGUCACCGAAUGUGGGCUCUGCAGAGGCUGAGAAAACUUCUUACCACAGAGUUUGGCCAGUCUAUUAACAUCCAUAGGCUCCUGGGAGAAGGUGAUGUGGAGGCACGUACUAUGAGCUUUACUGGCAGUGCUUUAGCAGCUUUGGUGAAAGGACUUCCAGAAUCUUUGCAGAGACAAUAUGACUAUGAAGACCCAAUUGUGAGGGGUGGAAAACAGUUACUUCACAGCCCUUUCUUUAAGGUGUUGGUCGCACUUGCUUGUGACCUGGAGUUGGAUACUCUUCCAUGUUGCGCAGAAACCCACAAAUGGGCAUGGUUUAGAAGAUACUGUAUGGCAUCAAGAGUUGCUGUGGCAUUAGACAAAAGAACACCACUACCUCGCCAAUUUCUAGAUGAGGUGGCAAAGAAAAUCCGUGAACUUAUGGCUGACAAUGAAAACAUGAAUGCUGUUCAUGAAAGCCAUGAGAUUUUCAAGAGAGAACAGGAUGAACAGCUUGUCCAAUGGAUGAAUCGACGUCCUGAUGACUGGACUCUAUCUGCUGGGGGCAGUGGAACCAUUUAUGGUUGGGGUCACAAUCACAGAGGGCAGCUUGGGGGCAUUGAAGGUGCAAAGGUCAAAGUUCCAACUCCAUGUGAAGCACUAGCAACUCUCAGACCAGUACAAUUAAUUGGAGGAGAACAAACACUGUUUGCUGUCACAGCAGAUGGCAAGCUGUAUGCCACAGGUUAUGGUGCUGGUGGCAGGCUUGGAAUUGGUGGCACAGAAUCUGUAUCUACCCCUACACUGCUAGAGUCCAUUCAGCAUGUAUUUAUUAAGAAGGUUGCAGUUAACUCUGGUGGGAAGCACUGUCUGGCACUAUCCUCAGAAGGAGAAGUAUAUUCCUGGGGGGAAGCGGAAGAUGGAAAACUGGGACAUGGAAACAGAAGUCCAUGUGAUCGUCCUCGUGUUAUUGAAUCCUUAAGGGGAACAGAAGUAAUUGACAUUGCAGCUGGUGGAGCGCACAGUGCUUGUAUCACUGCAGCUGGCGAGUUAUAUACUUGGGGCAAAGGGCGAUAUGGCCGACUUGGACAUGGAGAUAGUGAAGAUCAGCUAAAACCAAAGUUGGUUGAAGCACUUCAGGGAUACCGUGUGAUAGAUAUUGCUUGUGGCAGUGGGGAUGCACAGACACUCUGCUUAACGGAUGAUGACACUGUAUGGUCUUGGGGAGAUGGAGACUAUGGAAAACUAGGGAGAGGUGGAAGUGAUGGCUGCAAAGUACCUAUGAAAAUUGAUUCCCUGACUGGACUUGGUGUGACGAAAGUGGAAUGUGGCUCUCAGUUUUCUGUGGCGCUUACAAAGUCUGGUGCUGUUUACACAUGGGGCAAAGGCGAUUACCAUCGGUUAGGUCAUGGUUCUGAUGAUCAUGUGAGGAGGCCACGUCAAGUUCAGGGUCUUCAGGGAAAGAAAGUUAUUGCCAUUGCCACUGGUUCAUUGCAUUGUGUUUGCUGCACAGAAGAUGGAGAGGUUUAUACCUGGGGUGAUAAUGAUGAAGGGCAGCUAGGAGAUGGAACUACCAAUGCAAUUCAGAGGCCUAGGCUGGUGACAGCUCUUCAAGGAAAGAAAAUAAACAGAGUUGCUUGUGGGUCAGCGCACACACUGGCAUGGUCCACUAGUAAACCUGCUAAUGCAGGGAAACUUCCUACACAGGUUCCAAUGGAAUAUAACCAUCUCCAAGAGAUCAUGAUAAUUGGUUUAAGGAAUAGAUUGCUGUUACUGCAUCAUAUAUCAGAACUCUUUUGUCCGUGUAUCCCUAUGUUCGAUCUGGAGGGACGACUUGAUGAAACAGGACAGGGUCCCUCUGUUGGAUUUGACACUUUACGUGGUAUUCUAAUUUCUCAAGGAAAGGAGGCAGCUUUUCGCAAAGUUGUUCAAGCAACAAUGGUGCGAGAUCGGCAGCAUGGUCCUGUAGUCGAGCUAAAUAGGAUACAGGUGAAACGCUCCAGGAGUAAAGGCGGAUUGGCAGGGCCAGAUGGUACCAAAUCUGUCUUUGGCCAGAUGUGUUCAAAAAUGACUUCCUUCAGUCCAGACAGCCUCCUGCUACCUCAUAGAGUCUGGAAGGUCAAGUUUGUUGGUGAGUCUGUGGAUGACUGUGGUGGAGGUUAUAGUGAAUCAAUUGCAGAAAUGUGUGAAGAGCUUCAGAAUGGACUAACCCCGCUUCUCAUUGUGACACCAAAUGGAAGAGAUGAGUCUGGAGCAAACAGAGACUGCUUCCUAUUAAACCCUGCAUCCAAGACCCCCCUGCACAUGAACAUGUUCAGAUUUUUAGGUGUGCUUCUUGGUAUUGCCAUUCGAACUGGGAGUCCUUUAAGUCUUAAUCUUGCUGAACCAGUGUGGAAGCAGCUUGCUGGCAUGAAUCUGACAAUAGCAGACCUUUCUGAGGUGGACAAAGAUUUUAUCCCUGGUCUCAUGUACAUACGAGAUAAUGAAGCCACCUCUGAAGAAUUUGAAGCAAUGAUUCUGCCAUUUACAGUACCAAAUGCAAGUGGUCAAGACAUACAACUGAGCUCCAAGCAUACUCAUAUAACACUUGAAAAUCGAGCCGAAUAUGUACGGCUGGCAAUUGGUUACAGAUUGCAUGAAUUUGACGAGCAGGUUGCUGCAGUUCGUGAAGGGAUGGCACGAGUUGUUCCUGUUCCCCUCCUUUCUCUCUUUACUGGUUAUGAACUUGAAACUAUGGUCUGUGGCAGCCCUGAUAUUCCACUUCACCUGCUGAAAUCUGUAGCAACCUACAAAGGCAUUGAGCCAACUGCAUCUCUUAUCCAGUGGUUUUGGGAGGUGAUGGAGUCUUUUUCUAACACUGAACGUUCGCUCUUCCUUCGGUUUGUGUGGGGCAGAACGAGGCUUCCUAGAACAAUUGCAGACUUUAGAGGAAGGGAUUUUGUCAUUCAGGUUUUGGAUAAGUAUAACCCCCCGGACCAUUUUCUCCCAGAAUCCUAUACCUGUUUUUUCCUGCUGAAGCUUCCCAGAUAUUCUUGCAAGCAGGUACUUGAGGAAAAACUAAAAUAUGCCAUUCACUUCUGCAAAUCUAUAGACACUGACGACUAUGCACGGAUUGCACUAACUGGAGAGCCAGCAGCAGAUGACAGCAGCGAUGACUCUGACAAUGAAGAUGCUGAUUCUUUUGCUUCAGACUCUACACAGGACUACCUAACUGGACAUUAAUAGAGCUGAGGCAAAGGAUCCCAGCAAAUGAAAUCUCUGUUGCACUGAGGACCACGUUAUAAGGGAAGCUGGCAAUCCAAAGCUAGUAGUAGACAUUACACGAAGACUGAAGGUUGAUUUUAAAACUACAUUUAAGAGCUGCGUGGGUGCCUAUCCCUAAUUAUUCUGCACUGCACUUACAUUGUGUUUUAUUAAGUGUUGUAAAUGUUUAUUAAAGGUGCAGUGUCAAAAGCAAAAUAAGGCAGCACAGCCUUUUAAUUGUGAGUGCAAUAGUUUUUUUUUUUUUUGGUGUUUUUUUCCUUUUCCUAUUUAGUGUUGUAUAUUGUGUAUUUUCUUGAUGAAUUCAAAUAAUGUUACUGCAAAACAGAA